UAACGCCUCGCCAAUGCUUCUCCAAAUCUCCAACCAACCCACAAACGAUCCAUCCAUCACUCGAUCGUAACAACUUUGUAGUCACGCGCCAUGCAGCCGACGUGGCUCGCCACGAUGCCGGCAGCGUCGUCGCUGGUCGUCGGCGUCGCGUUCACGGCCGCCGUGGCCGUGGCCGUGGCCGCCGCCGUGGCGAGGCGCGCCUGGAGGCACAGGGGCCUCCGGUUGCCGCCCGGGCCGCCGGGUUGGCCCGUCGUCGGCAACCUCCUGCAGGUGGUGUUCGCCGGGAAGCCGUUCAUCCACUACAUCCGUGACCUGCGGCGGGAGUACGGGCCCAUCGUGAAGCUGCAGAUGGGGGUGCGCACGCUGGUCGUCAUCAGCAGCGCCGAGCUCGUGCACGAGGCGCUCGUCGAGAAGGGCCGGGAGUUCGCGACCAGGCCGGCGGAGAGCCCCAUCCGGAGCAUCUUCUCCAGCGGCAAGUUCACCGUCAACUCGGCGGUGUACGGGCCCGAGUGGAGGUCGCUGCGGCGGAACAUGGUGUCCGGGAUGCUGAGCGCCGCGCGGCUCAGGGAGUUCCGCCCCGCGAGGCUGCGCGCCAUGGAGCGGUUCGUGGCGCGGGUGCGCGCCGAGGCCGCGGCGUCGCGCGACGGGGCGUCCGUGUGGGUGCUCCGCAACGUGCGGUUCGCCAUGUUCUGCGUCCUCCUCGACAUGACGUUCGGCCUGCUCGACCUCGACGAGGAGCUCGUCGUGCGCGUCGACGCCGUCAUGAAGCGCGUGGUGCUCGCCGUGGCGGCGCGCAUCGACGACUACCUCCCGUUCCUCCGCCCCUUCCUGUGGCGGCAGCACCGCCAGGCGGUCGCGCUCCGCCGCGAGCAGAUCGACACGGUGCUCCCGCUCAUCAACCGGCGCCGCGCCAUCGUCCGCGGCAUGCGGGCCGGCUCGCCGCCCGACCCCGCCGUCGCGGCGCCGUACUCGUACCUCGACUCCCUGCUCGACCUCCGCGUCGAGGGCCGCGACGCCGUGCCCACCGACGAGGAGCUGGUCACGCUCUGCGCGGAGAUGAUCAACGGCGGGACCGACACCACGGCCACCGCCAUCGAGUGGGCCAUGGCGCGCGUCAUGGACAACCCGUCCAUCCAGGCCAGGCUCCACGGCGAGAUCAUGCAGCGCGUCGGCGACGCCCGGCCGGUGGACGACAGGGACACCGAAGGCAUGCCGUACCUGAAGGCCUUCGUGAAGGAGCUCCUCCGCAAGCACCCGCCGACGUACUUCGCGCUGAGCCACGCCGCCGUGGAGCCCGGGAGCAAGCUCGCCGGCUACGACGUCCCCGUCGACGCGAACCUGGACAUCUUCCUCCCGACCAUCUCCGAGGACCCCAAGCUGUGGGAGCGGCCGACGGAGUUCGACCCGGACAGGUUCCUCGCCGGCGGCGAGACGGCGGACAUCACCGGGUCGGCGGGCGUCCGGAUGAUCCCGUUCAGCGCCGGGCGGCGGAUCUGCCCCGGGGUGGGCAUGGGCACGGCGCACAUCGCGCUCAUGGUGGCGCGGAUGGUGCAGGCGUUCGAGUGGCGCGCCCACCCGUCGCAGCCGCCGCUCGACUUCGAGGACAAGGUGGAGUUCACCGUGGUGAUGAAGCGGCCGCUGCUCGCCAUGGUCACACCUCGGAAGCUCUCCUUCUGACGCGUGCAUGCAUGCACGCACAUACAACGUGGCAGAGCACGUAAGACACUGAGCCGUGGGGCCUAGCUCGCUCUCCUGAUGGAUUGUCUAUUAGGUCAGCACGUGAGAUAUAAUACUACUACUCGUAGCUACAAAUUAUUGGAAGUUUGCUAUUUCGAGUCAUUGUUUUAAGUGAGGUAUUUCCCGGUGGAAGGCUUAUACUUACGUACGCAGUUAUACUUUCCCUAAUAGCGAGUACUUAUAAUGUAUAAGUAACACUUCUGCUCAAGAUUAAUGCACAUGUUCUUAGUAUA